AUGUGCUCCACUGGAUGCUGCUCCACGGGAUGCUGCUCCGUCGUGAAGACCAAGACCGUGUGCUGCAGCCCCUGCCAGAAGAGCGUGUGCUGCAGCCCCUGCCAGAAAACCGUGUGCUGCGAGCCGUGCCAGAAGAGCGUGUGCUGCAGCCCCUGUCAGCAGUCCUGCUGCUGCGACCCGUGCCAGAAGAGCGUGUGCUGUGAGCCGUGCCAGACCUGCUGCGACCCGUGCCAGACCUGCUGUGAGCCGUGCCAGAAGACUGUGUGCUGUGAGCCAUGCCAGAAGAGCGUGUGCUGUGAGCCGUGCCAGACUUGCUGUGACCCGUGCCAGAAGCCUUGUUGUGACCCAUGCCAGACCUGCUGUGACCCAUGCCAGACCUGCUGUGACCCGUGCCAGAAGCCCUGCUGUGAUCCAUGCCAGACCGUGUGCUGUGACCCAUGCCAGAAACCUUGUUGUGACCCGUGCCAGACCGUCUGCUGUGACCCAUGCCAGAAGCCCUGCUGUGACCCAUGCCAGAAGCCUUGUUGUGAUCCAUGCCAGACCUGCUGUGACCCGUGCCAGAAGCCCUGCUGUGACCCAUGCCAGACCUGCUGUGACCCGUGCCAGAAGCCCUGCUGUGACCCGUGCCAGAAGCCCUGCUGUGACCCGUGCCAGAAGCCCUGCUGUGACCCAUGCCAGAAGCCAUGUUGUGAUCCAUGCCAGACUGUGUGCUGUGACCCAUGCCAGACCUGCUGUGACCCAUGCCAGUCCUGCUGUGACCCGUGCCAGAAGCCCUGCUGUGACCCAUGCCAGACCUGCUGUGACCCGUGCCAGAAGCCCUGCUGUGACCCGUGCCAGACCUGCUGUGACCCGUGCCAGCAGCCCGUGUGCUGCACCAAGGUGUGCCAGAAGUCGGUCUGCUGCGUCCCACGGCCCUGCUGCUGCUCCUCCUGCUGCUCCUACGUGGUGAAGAAGAAGCCCGUGGUGGUGUGCUGCAGCCCCGUGCAGUGCUGCACCUCCGUCAGGAAGUGCUGCGUCCCCUGCAUCCCCAUCCAGCAGUGCUGCAUCAAGAAGAGCUGCUGA